AUAAUAUGUCAAGUAGUUUGUCCCCACUUGGAAGUUUAUCACCACUUUGUUAUUAUAAUUCGGAAUUCCAAAAUCCUAUAAAUUGAUUCAACUCUCGUGCCAUUAUUUGUAUCCUCAACCCGACUUCCUUUUCAUAUUGCUUUCUCUCAAGUCUCAACCUUUUUGCCCUACGCAUUAUUUUUCCGUAAUCUGCUCUACACAUUAUUUUCCGUAAUCUAGCAAUAGCAAUAGCAAUAUGAAGAUCAUAUCAUUAGUUCUGAUAUCAAUAGCCUUAAUCUUCUUCUCAUACCCACACCUCGCUCUAGCUAAAAGUCACAAGAAUCACAAUAGCAACAGUAAUAUCAUCAACGUCAAGAACCUCGGCGCUGUACGCGACGGAAAGACGGACUCGUCAGCGGCGUUUUUGUCUGCAUGGAACGCUGCAUGUAAAUCAGAAAGCCCUAGCACUAUUAUUAUUCCUACUGGAACGUACGCCGUUAAUCAAGCGUUAGUCUUUAGAGGAAAGGAUUGCAAGAGCAAAGCUAUAAACUUUGUUGUUCGAGGUACUAUGGUGGCGCCUACAGAUUUUCGAGUGCUCGGCAAAUCUGACACCUGGUUCGCGUUUGAGGAUGUGACUGGAGUAAGUAUUUCCGGUGGGGUGUUCGAUGGACGAGGGGCUAGUUUGUGGGCUUGUAAGAGGUCGGGAAAGAAGUGUCCUAGAGGAGCUACGACACUACGAUUUACAAAUUCAAAGAAAAUCGCAAUCAACGGAUUAACCUCAUUGAACAGCCAAUUAUAUCAUCUUGUUUUUGAGGGCUGUGAAGAGGUUAAGGUUGAAGGAGCAAGAGUGUCUGCUUCUAAAGAUAGUCCUAACACAGACGGAAUCCAUAUUCAACAGUCAAUUGGAGUGACGAUUUUAAACACUAACGUUGCAACUGGAGAUGAUUGUGUAUCUGUUGCAGCGGGGACUCAUAACUUAUGGAUUGAAGAUAUGGCAUGUGGACCUGGCCAUGGAGUUAGUAUUGGAAGUUUAGGAAAGGAUCUGAAUGAGCCUGGAGUGGUGAAUGUAACCGUCAAGGCAACUACAUUUACUGGCACUGAAAAUGGAGUACGGAUCAAGUCUUGGGGAAGGCCAAGCAACGGAUUUGUGAGAGAUGUUUUAUUCCAAAAUCUAACAAUGAUUAAUGCUCAUAAUCCUAUUAUCAUUGACCAGCACUAUUGUCCUGAUGAUAAGGGUUGCCCUGGACAGGUUUCCGGAGUAAGAAUCACUGACGUGACAUAUCAGGAUGUUCAUGGAUCGUCAGGCACACCAAUUGCUGUCAAAUUUGACUGCAGUUCAGAAUAUCAUUGCACGAAUAUCAAAUUGGAUGACAUAGAUCUCACUUACAAAAAUCAACCACCUCGUGCAACAUGCACAAAUGUUGUUGGAACAACUUCUGGUUUGAUGGAGCCACAAAGCUGUUUCUAAAAGAGAUCGAAAGAUGAUCCAUUGAUAUUUUAACUUUUUUAGCUAUACUUCAUCGAUCAUAUUUAUUAGUUGUAGUAUAAUUUUUCUUUUAAUUCAUUGAUCAUAAUUAUUAUUUGUAGUAUAAUUUUUUUUAGGGAAUUGUAGUAGAAUAUUUAACUUCUUGCUAAGAAAUUAUUAUUAAUGACAUUAUUGUUUGAUAUAUUUUACAAAGUUUA